CUGGGCUCGGAGGCCCAGCAGCCGCAAAGUCCUCAGACACUGUGUGUGGCGGUCACCCUGCCUGGGGCCGGUUCGGCCGGGCACAAGGAGGAUCUGGGCGGCCCGGUUGGCGGGAAGGAGGUUGCCUUCCCCGGGUCUCAUACCCGGCCGCCCGAGGCAGGAGGAAGCAGCGGCGAAGUCUGCGGGCGGCAUGGCUGGAGCUCCGGACGAGAGCGGGCCCGGUUCUGCUGCGGGGGAACAGCUGCAGCAGCAACACGUCGCGUGCCAGGUCUUCCCCGAGCGGCUGGCUCAGGGGAAUCCCCAGCAAGGGUUCCUUUCCAGCUUCUUCACCAACAACCAGAAGUGCCAGCUUAUGCUCCUGAAGACGCUGCAGACAAAUCCCUACGUCAAACUUCUACUUGAUGCCAUGAAGCACUCAGGUUGUGCUGUUAACAAAGAAAGACACUUUUCUUGUGAAGACUGUGAUGGAAAUGUCAGUGGAGGUUUUGAUGCUUCAACAUCUCAGAUUGUUUUAUGCCAGAACAACAUCGGUAAUCAGGCCCAUAUGAACAGAGUGGUCACCCAUGAGCUCAUUCAUGCGUUUGAUCACUGUCGUGCUCACGUCCACUGGUUCACCGAUGUCAGACAUUUGGCCUGCUCGGAGGUUCGAGCUGCUAACCUUAGUGGAGACUGCUCACUUGUGAAUGAAAUAUUCAGGUUGCAUUUUGGAUUAAAACAACACCAUCAGACUUGUGUGCGAGACAGAGCCAUUCUUUCUAUCCUGGCUGUUAGGAAUAUCAGCAAAGAAGUAGCUCAAAAGGCUGUUGAUGAAGUUUUUGAGUCUUGUUUCAAUGACCAUGAACCUUUUGGAAGGAUCCCACAUAACAAGACUUAUGCAAGAUAUGCUCAUAGAGACUUUCAAAACCGUGAUCGGUAUUACUCAAAUAUAUGAAGACAAUGACAUUUUAUGUUAUGGAGCUUCUGUGAUCAUGAAGAAAAUAUUGUUCUCAAGUGGACAAAUAUAUGAAAUGUAAAUGAUCAAUUAAAUACAUUUAAAACACAGAAGAUGCUGAUUCUAGCGUAUGUUCAGAAAAAGUGGCUAUGGUAAAAGUGAAACUGCCUUAAACUCCAAGGCAAAAAUUGUAACUUUACAGUUAGCCAUUUGGUAAAUAAGGCAAAUAAAUUACAUUC